AUGGUGAAGUCAUACCUAAAGUAUGAGCACAGCAAGUCUUUCGGCAUUGUCGCAUCCAACACCUCGAACCUCGUCUGGAACGCCCAAGGUCGAGCUGGCGCCGGCCAGGCAGUUGUAGCCGCGAAUGAGGAGGUUCUGUGCUGGGACAUCAAGAAGGGAGAGCUCGUAAGCCGAUGGAGGGACGAUAGGAACACCGUACCGGUCACUGCGAUCGCCCAAAGCAAAGUCGACAAGGACGUUUUCGCCGUCGGAUACGAAGAUGGCAGCAUUCGGCUGUGGGAUAGCAAAAUCGCGACAGUGAUUGUCAACUUCAAUGGUCACAAGUCUGCGAUCACGACGCUGGCAUUCGACAAGUCGGGUGUGCGACUAGCCUCCGGUUCCAAGGAUACCGACUUGAUCAUAUGGGAUCUCGUGGCUGAGGUUGGCCAGUUCAAGCUCAGGGGACACAAGGACCAGAUUACAGGGCUGCAGUUUGUCGAGCCGGAAGCGCAGGUCGAAGAUGAGGACAACACCCAGGCUAUGGUGCUAGACAGCGACCCGUCAGCCGAGGGCUACCUCCUCACGACCGGCAAGGACUCGCUGAUCAAGCUUUGGGACCUGUCUUCGCGACACUGCAUCGAAACCCAUAUUGCGCAAACGAAUGGGGAGUGCUGGGCUCUGGGCCUUUCCCCCGACUACAGCGGAUGCAUCACGGCUGGAAACGACGGAGAGCUGAAGGUGUGGUUCUUGGACACAGCAGGCCUUGCUUCUCUAAAGGGGCAGGUCGACGCGCCGCAAUCUGCGAAAUUCUUGCACGAAAGGGGAACGCUGUUCCGUCAACACAAGGACAAGGCCAUCGAAAUCGUCUUCCACCCGCGUCGGGAUUACUUUGCCGUUCAUGGCACAGAAAAGGCUGUUGAAGUUUGGCGCAUAAGGUCGGAGGCAGAGGUCAAGAAGUCGUUGGCGAGAAAGAAGAAGAGGAGACGUGAGAAGGCUGCGAAGGAGGGAAAGACCGAGGAAGAUGCCGAGAACGAUGACCAGGCGGACGACCUGUCGAGCGCCGAAGCCAGCGACUUCUUCGUCCAGUAUGUAAUAGUCCGGACGGGCGGCAAGGUGCGGUCGGUGGACUGGGCCGUCACCAGCGGCAGCAAGGAGAUCAACCUGCUGGCUGGUACUACCAACAACCAGCUCGAGUACUACAGCAUACCAACAAAAGACGCCUCCAAAUCGAAGAAGGACGAGCUGCCUGACUACACGAGAUCUCUGGCGGUCGAUCUCCCGGGACAUAGGACAGAUAUCCGCGCGGUAUCGCUGAGUUCCGACGACAAAAUGCUGGCGACGGCUGCCAACGGUGGUCUGAAAAUCUGGAACAUCAAGACUCAGACUUGUAUUCGAACAUUUGAGUGCGGCUAUGCUUUGUGCUGCGCAUUCUUGCCCGGUGACAAGGUCGUGGUUGUUGGCACCAAGACUGGAGAACUUGAGCUCUUUGACGUCGCUUCCGCAAGCCUGUUGGACAGCGUCACCGCACACGAGGGAGCUAUCUGGUCAUUACAAGUGCAUCCGGAUGGUAAAUCUGUAGUGUCUGGUAGCGCCGACAAGUCUGCCAAGUUCUGGGACUUCCGAAUCAUUCAAGAAGAAGUCCUGGGCACCACACGUACCGUACCAAAACUGAAGCUCGUACAAUCGAGGACACUUAAAGUUGCGGACGACAUCCUCUGCGUGCGCUACUCCCCCGACGGAAAGUACAUUGCCGUCUCCCUUCUCGACAACACUGUAAAGGUGUUCUUCACCGAUAGCUUGAAGCUCUACCUCAACCUUUAUGGCCACAAGCUCCCGGUCCUCAGCAUGGAUAUCUCCUACGACAGCAAGCUCAUUGUCACCAGCUCCGCCGACAAGAACAUCAGGAUAUGGGGUCUUGACUUUGGUGACUGUCACAAGGCCCUCUUCGGUCACCAAGACAGUAUCCUGCAGGUUGCCUUCGUGCCGCACAACUCGGACGGCAAUGGCCACCACUUCUUCAGCAGCAGCAAGGACCGCUGCAUCAAGUACUGGGACGGCGACAAGUUCGAGCAGAUCCAGCGCCUAGACGGCCAUCACGGCGAGGUCUGGGCCAUGGCCGUAGGCCACAGUGGCCAGUUCCUCGUCACCGCCGGUCACGACAAGUCCAUCCGCGUCUGGGACGAGACGGACGAGCAAAUUUUCCUCGAGGAAGAGCGCGAGAAGGAGAUUGAAGAGCUCUACGAAAAGACGCUCACCACCUCCCUCGAGCGCGACCCAGACGCCGAGGACCAAGACGGCGAAGUCGGUGCCGCCACCAAGCAGACCGUCGAGACCCUCAUGGCCGGUGAGCGCAUCGCCGAGGCCCUCGAGAUCGGUAUCGCGGACUUGAACCUGCUCAAGGAGUACGAGGACGCCAAGAAGACGAACCCGCACGCCCCUCCCCCGCAGCGCAACCCCAUCUUCAUCGCCCUCGGCAACAUCACCGCCGAGGCAUACGUCAUGAGCGUGCUGAACCGCAUCAAGGCAUCUGCCCUCCAUGAUGCGCUGCUCGUCCUCCCCUUCUCGACCGUGCCGAUGCUCUUCACCUUCCUCAACGUUUUUGCCCAGCGCUCCAUGAACAUCCCCCUGACGUGCCGCAUCCUCUUCUUCAUGCUCAAGACGCACCACCGCCAGAUCGUGGCCAGCCGCACCAUGCGCACGAUGCUCGACGGCAUCCGCGCCAACCUGCGCGCCGCGCUGAAGCGCCAAAAGGAUGAGAUGGGUUUCAACAUUGCCGCGCUCAAGGUUGUCGGCAUGCAGAUCCAGGAGAAGAGCGUCAAGGACUACGUCGACGAGAACUGGGACGAUGGCGACGAAAGCCGGUCCAUCAAGAAGAGGGCGUUUGUGCAGGUUUCGUAA